UGAUUAAGUGAAAGUUAUUGAAAGUCAAUAAAAAUUGGCAAGUGAAAUGUACUAAUCUGAAUGAAAAUUCUAAUAUAAAGAAUCUUGUUGGAUAAUAAUUUGAAUAAAUGCCAAAUCUUAAAAUUAACUUAUGUUUAGACUCAUAAAAGUAUCGUUUAAUCUAAAAAUAAAUUAUGAAAGCUAUACUAACCGACUGAAGGAGCAAAUAUAAAUACCACAUUGAGGAAAAGUGUGAUUGAAAGUGAGAAGAAAUAUUUGAAGUGGUCGCACAUCAUUUGAAAUAUUAUUCCUUUGUGUUUUACAUUACCCCGUUGCUCGCCGUUAUCGUCGGAUAAUAAAUACGCAUUUCUGGAAUAUUGUUAAGAGUGAUUAUAAGGGAUGAAUGAUCGUUUUAUUAAUUAUUUGGAGAAUAACUGUGAUGAGAUAAAUGCGAAGAAAAAUAAUAGUGGGAAUUUGUUGGACAGUCAAAAAAUAAGUGUACAGAAUCAAGUGAUGAAAGGUGAAGAAAGUGAUGAGUCAAUGCCGUCGUUUGGCUUCACACAAGAACAAGUAGCUUGUGUUUGUGAAGUCCUACAGCAGGCUGGUAACGUUGAACGUCUUGGAAGAUUUCUAUGGUCGCUUCCACAAUGUGAAAAAAUUCAACUCAAUGAAUCGGUGUUAAAGGCCAAAGCUGUCGUAGCUUUUCACAGGGGACAUUUCAAGGAGCUUUAUAGAAUAUUGGAAAGUCAAACAUUUUCACCUUGCAAUCAUCAGAAACUACAAACUCUUUGGCUCAAAGCACAUUACGUGGAAGCUGAGAAAUUGAGAGGAAGACCGUUGGGUGCUGUCGGCAAAUAUCGUGUAAGAAGAAAGUUCCCUUUGCCAAGAACGAUCUGGGAUGGUGAAGAGACAAGCUACUGUUUCAAAGAAAAAUCAAGAUCAGUUUUAAGAGAUUGGUAUACACAUAAUCCCUAUCCGUCGCCAAGGGAAAAGAGGGAACUUGCAGAAUCGACUGGUUUAACGACAACUCAGGUUUCAAAUUGGUUCAAGAACCGACGGCAAAGGGAUCGUGCAGCAGAACAUAGUAAAGAAGGUGGCGACAAGCACAUCGACUCAUCGGGAAGCGAUUCUGAAUUAGAUAUGCCUGGUAUGAUAACUGGAUCAAAUAGCCAAAGCGCAAGCAAAGGAUCGCAUAACAGCAACAUGACCGCAAACCUACAGCACAACUUAUUAUUACAACAAGGUCUAUCUAGCAGUCAAUUAGGACAAAUGUCACAAGGAUAUUCACCGUCAACAAGUCACAAUAUUCAUCAUGUUCCGCCAUUGCAUCACCACGACAUGGAUGCAUAUCAAAACUUAUCAUUUUAAACUUACUUGUAAUUCGAGUACUUAAAUUGUUUCUUAUUCUCGAGAAACUUAUAAAAUAGAUGUUGGAUAAGCAUAAAUGAUCAUGAAACGACCAAAUGUAUUAAGUUUUUCCUUUUUGUUCUCAUUAUUAAGCUUUGUAGAUAACAUAACUAAGCAUGCUCAGUGAUUGUUGUUUUCUUCAUGUAGAUAAAGGAAGUGACUACUUGAAGUCAUAUCUUAAAAAAGAAAGUCUUUCUAAUGAAGACAUUUCAAAAGCAGGGUUUUCUUAUUACGUUCUGUAGUAUUAAACAUAAAGAAAAUGUUAGGACUGUGUGGUGUUACUAAGAUGCAGAAUUUUUUUCUCCACUCGACACGAAUAUUAAUUUUAUAAUUUCAACCGCAUCUUCAGUCGUCAUUGUUUUGCUUUUAUGUUAGUUAAAAG